AUGUAAACAUUUGAGAUUGAAAAAAGAAUUUGUUAAGUUCAUAAAUUAGAAAUAGUAGUAGUUGAUUUGAAAUCAUAAACAAGAAUUGAUGACAAAUAUUUAUGCACAAGAUGUCUGGCUGAGAGAGUCGAUAAAGAAAAUAUGGCAUUGUUAAAUGAAGCUACAGAAAUGAUAUAAAGUAUGAAGACCCAAACUGAAAAACUUGCUAAGGAAGAGAAUGUUCUAAGAUUAAACAAUUUAAAACAAUUGUAAUCAUCCAUAAAAUCAUACAAAAACUAAAUCAAGAUAGAAAUUGAAAAAUUACUAUAAUUAAUUGAUCAAUAAGUGGAAUAAAUCCAAUUUGAAAUUGAAUCAAAGGAAUCCAAGUUAGAAUUCAAAAAUUAUGAUGAGGAAAUUCAAAUUCUAUCAAAAAAUUAUAUAGGAAAUUUUAAUUAUAAUAUACCAAAAUAACUAACUUAUAAGGAAAAAGACUUAGCCCUUUUCCAAAUUAUUUAUGAAUCAUUGUAAUCUUAGUAAAAAUCGUAAAAUUUUAACUAAAUCAUGGAAUCCAUAGAAUUAAUAAAAUCUAGUGUACCAAUCAAUUAAUCUGCUAAUAUCAACUAAAUGCCUGCCAAAGAAUUUGAUCAACAUGUAAUUUAUAAUUAUUUAUAUUAGAAAACUCCUUAUCUUAAUUAGAUUUGUAAUAAACAUAACAAGGAAAUAAUUAUGUUAAACAUAAAUUAAACUGAACCAGAGUUUGGGAGGUUAGCAUGCGUAGAAUGUAUUGAAGAAAAUCCUAUUUAAUAUAUCAGUUUAAAAGAAGCAAACAAAAGAUGGAAUUCAUUUAUGGGUUAAUCAGAGGAUUUAAUUUCUAAACAUAAUUUUAAAAGAGAACAAUAAUUUAAUAUGGUUGUUCAAGAAAUUAAAUAACUAAAAGAUUAUUAUAAUGAAUAAUUAUCAGAAAUGAUCAAAAAUAUAGAUUUAUAACUAACAAAGAAUAAUUCAGAUAUUUAAGAUUUCAUUAAAUUAGAGAAUAAAAAAAUAUUUGAGUUAGAUGAAAAAUAAGUUGAAAACAUGAUUAAUUUAUUGAGUUAAAAAGAUCAAAAUAAGAAAAUAUUGGAACAAUAAGAGAAAUAAGAUAGACUCGAUUAAUUAUUUUAUUAGGACAUAAAAUAUAAAUUAGAUUCUCUUAUCAAACACGAUUUGCUUUGUAAGUAAUAAUUAAUAAAAAUUCUGACAUUAUCAGGUAGUUAUUUAAUUAUCAAUAGAUUCAAAUCAAAUCAAAAUAAAUGAUAUACAGGAAGAUAAAAUAAGUCCAGAAAUACAUGAAUUUAUUUCAAAAUGCUAAUUAUAAGAUCAAUAUUUAAACAUAUUUAAUGAAUCAGUUAAUUUAUAAAUAGAAUUAUUGAAAGAAUAAGAAACUCUUAAAUAAAAAGGAUAAAUAAAUUAAAUUAUUGAUUAAGAAGGCAAAGCAGAUGCAGAAUUACCAAGGACUGAAUUAAUUAAGACAUAUUAUUAACAAUUUGAAAUAAAUUCGAAGAAAAUGGAGAAAUUAAUCAUGGUUGAUGAAACAGAAUAAAAUUUAAUAGAGAUGUCAUCAUAAAAGGAACAAUUGCAACUUCAGAUAUAAGACGAAAAAGAAGAAAGAAAAUUAAUUUCAUAAAAAAUUUAAAAUUUAGAGGAAAAUUUAAACACUAAUUUUUCAACUUUGGACCAAAAGAUUAUAAAACAAGAAUAAUUAUCAUAAUAAAUAGAUUAAUAAUUACAAUAACAAAAAUUAGAAUUGGGUUUAUAAAUUAAUGAUGCAAGCAACAAAUCUUAGUUAAGUUUAGCUGAAGUAUAAAGCUCCAUUUCAACUGAUUAAUAUAGAUUAACUUGUUAAAUAAAUGAUUUAAAGUCAGAACUUAGUAUGGUUAAUAAGGACAUGAAAAAUUUUCGAAAAUCUUCAAUUAUUGAUGAAUAAUUAAAGAAGCUUGAAGAAGAGUUUGAAAUCAAAUUUUAGGCACAGAAUGAGAAAGUCUCAACAAUAAUUGAAGAAAAUUAGUCUUAAUUUAAAAAACAAGAAUAAGAAUCUGAAUGUCUUUAAAAAUUAAUAGAGGCUUAAAACAAUGCAAAUUUAGAAUUAAAAAAAGAAAUAUCUGAAAUACAAG